UUACUUGCUAGAGAGAGAAAAAGAAUGAAAGAAGAAAAAAUUGAAUCCGAUCGAAUACAAAUUUGACGUCCGCAAGGACACUCUCUCUCUGAAAUAACCCCCUUUCUCUCUCUAGAUUCAGCAGCAAAGAAACAAGACAUACAACAGCACCUCCUCAAUAGAGAGAGAAAUAAAAACAACAGCAACAGAAAAAAAGAACCUUAAUAUUAGAUUUUUGAAGAGCUUGAGCGAAACAAAAUAAAACCCUAGGGUCUUGUGUGCUUCUAAAACAGCUCAGUUGUGUUCUUUCUCUCUCUCUCUCUCUCUCAGCCUGUAGUUUCAUUGAAAGAGAAAUCUUGUUGAGAGACUAUCAGCCUCACUACUGUUUGAGAAUUGUAUUGUGAGAUUCAUGCGAGAACCAUUUAAAGAUUGCUGUUCGUGUCAAGAUACCGUGGCUGUAGAAUGUUCAGAAUUGAAGAUUCUUCUUUGCUUUUGGUUUUUUUUGGCGUGUGCCUCGUGUUUCAUAGAACGCAGCACCAUUUGCUCAGGCACAAAACCUAUUUGGUGCGCAGUAAGGAUUUUGAGGUCUGCAGGAUUUGGGUGUGUACUUGAAGUGGUGACCGAGUCCAGUUGUCUAAGUGCUUUAUCUUGCUCUGUUAUGUAAUUUUAGGCUAUUCAAUUUAUGUUGUUUUAGAUAGUUUUAUACUUCAAGGAGGUUUUUUGAUUGUGAUUCUUGAUAAGAUGUUACCCUCGGGGCCGCCUACUCCAAUUGGUGGUGCCCAGUCUGUCUCUCCUUCACUUUUGAGAUCGAAUUCGGGGAUGCUGGGAGCUCAAGGUGGCCCUUUGGGUUCUCAAACAGCAUUCCCGUCUCUAGUGCCCCCCCGUACUCAGUUUAAUAACAUGAGCAUGCUUGGAAAUGUGCCCAACAUGUCCUCCCUGCUGAACCAGUCUUUUGGUAAUGGAGGUCCAAAUCCUGGACUUCCUGGCCCUGGAAGCAGUCAGCGCGGAAAUAUUGAUACUGGGGCAGAGUCCGAUCCACUUUCAAAUGGUGGUAAUGGAAUGGGUUUCAAUGCUCCUUCAUCUUCAUUUGUACCAUCAAAUAUGGUUAACCCUGGUCCUUCUUGUCAAGUUCAGGGACAUCAGUUUUCAAACCCUUCUGGCAACCAGUUGUUGCCAGAUCAACAGCAGUCCCAACAACUUGAAGCACAAAAUUUCCAGCAUGGUCAGCAAUCAAUGCAACAGUUCUCUGGCGCUCAUAACACUCAGCAGGUGCAGCAGCAGCACCAGUUUCAAUCAAUACGAGGAGGGUUGGCUGGUGUUGGACCUGUUAAGUUGGAGCCACAUGUGACUAAUGAUCAACAUGGAGCACGGCAACUGCAACAACCUCAGGCACUGAGAAAUAUGGGUCCAGUUAAGUUGGAGCAACAGCAAAUUCAGACAAUGCGAAGUUUGCCAGCUGUGAAGUUGGAACCUCAACAUUCAGAUCAAUCUUUGUUUUUACAUCAACAGCAGCAGCAUCAACAGCAUCAGCAGCAGCAUCAGCAGCAGCAGCAGCAGCAGCAGCAGCAACAGCAGCAGCAGCAUCAGCAGCAUCAUCAUCAUCAUCAUCAUCAGCAGCAGCAGCAGCAGCAGCAGCAGCAGCAGUUCCUUCACAUGUCAAGGCAGUCUUCUCAACAGGCUGUUGCACAACUAAAUCUUUUGCAUCAGCAAAGGCUGCUGCAGCAACAGCAACUUUUGAAGGCAAUGCCACAGCAACGGCCUCAAUUACAACAACAAUUUCAACAACAGAAUAUGCCUUUGAGGUCUCCUGUAAAACCAGUGUAUGAACCUGGGAUGUGUGCCCGUCGUCUCACAAAUUACAUGCAUCAACAGCAGCGCAGACCUGAAGACAAUAACAUUGAAUUCUGGAGGAAAUUUGUUGCUGAGUUCUUUGCUCCCCAUGCAAAAAAGAAGUGGUGUGUUUCUAUGUACGGAAGUGGCCGGCAAACAACUGGUGUUUUCCCUCAGGACGUAUGGCAUUGUGAGAUUUGCAAUCGCAAGCCAGGCCGUGGUUUUGAGGCAACUGUUGAGGUUCUUCCUAGGCUUUUCAAAAUCAAAUAUGAAAGUGGCACUUUGGAAGAACUUCUUUAUGUUGAUAUGCCACGUGAAUAUCAAAACUCAUCUGGUCAAAUUGUCCUGGAUUAUGCAAAAGCAAUACAAGAGAGUGUUUUUGAGCAACUUCGCGUUGUUCGUGAUGGUCAGCUGCGGAUAGUCUUCUCACCAGACUUAAAGAUAUGCUCUUGGGAGUUUUGUGCUCGGCGCCAUGAAGAGCUAAUACCUCGAAGAUUGUUGAUACCACAGGUAAGUCAGCUUGGUGCUGCAGCUCAAAAGUACCAGGCUGCUACUCAAAAUGCAUCAUCCAAUUUAUCUGUCCCGGAGUUGCAAAAUAAUUGUAACUUGUUUGUUGCAUCAGCUCGGCAACUGGCAAAAGCCUUGGAAGUGCCAUUAGUAAAUGAUCUGGGAUAUACAAAGAGAUAUGUGCGGUGCCUUCAGAUAUCAGAAGUGGUAAAUAGUAUGAAAGACUUGAUUGAUUAUAGUCGAGAAACAGGAACUGGACCAAUGGAGAGUUUGUCCAAGUUCCCUCGGAGGACAGGUGUUUCAAUUGGGUUCCAUAGUCAAGCUCAACAGCCUGAGGAACAGCAACAACAACAGCAAACAAUAACUGCGAACUCAAAUAGUGAUCAAAGUUCUGCCCAAGCCACAAUGCAAAUUGCUGCUAGCAAUGGUAUGGCUAGUGUAAAUAACUCACUCAACACAGCAUCUACAACUACCUAUGCCAGCGCUAUUGUUGGGCUUGUCCACCAAAAUUCUAUGAAUUCAAGACAACAAAAUUCUAUCAAUAAUGCAAGCAGUCCCUAUGGAGGAAACUCUGUUCAGAUUCCAUCUCCUGGUUCCUCCUGUACGAUUCCACAGGCACAACCUAACCCUUCUCCUUUCCAGUCACCAACACCGUCCUCAUCUAAUAAUCCUCCACAAGCAUCUCAUAGUGCCUUGACAGCUGUGAAUCACAUUAGUUCCACAAAUUCACCAGCAAAUAUUCCAUUGCAACAGCCAACUCUUUCUGGCGAGGCUGACCAUGGUGAUUCUCAAAGCUCUGUCCAGAAAAUCAUACAUGAAAUGAUGUUAACCAGUCAACUUAAUGGAACUGGUGGCAUGGUUGGGGUUGGUUCGUUGGGGAAUGAAGUGAAAAAUGUCAAUGGAAUUUUGCCAACAGGUAAUAAUACGGUUCUUAAUGGUGGAAAUGGCCUGGUGGGAAAUGGUGCAGUCAAUAGUUCUGGAAUAGGUGGUGCUGGAUAUGGGACUAUGGGUGGACUUGCGCAGUCUGUAAUGGUCAAUGGGAUCAGAGCUGCAAUGGGUAAUAACUCAAUGAUGAAUGGUCGGAUGGGCAUGCCAUCGAUGGUACGAGACCAGAGCAUGAAUCAUCAACAGGAUUUGGGGAACCAACUGCUUAGUGGGCUAGGAGCAGUUAAUGGGUUUAGUAAUCUCCAGUUUGAUUGGAAACCAUCCCCUUGAAGGUUCUGUUAAUUAUAUUGAUGUCUCAGCAGCUGCUUCUGCGGUACAAGUGUGGGCAGAAUUUCAUAAAAGCCUUGUGAAGAUGGCAUUGCAUUACACCAAGGAAUCGCUUGAGGGCGUGCUUCCCACAUUGUACUAAUUUUCGAGGAAAAGUAAACAUAUAGCAUAGUGUUUUAUCAAAGAAAUAUUAAAUCCUCCUUGAGUUGCCUCA